AUGUCAGAGCAAGCUCCAGAAAGCACGCUCCCAUACCCACCUCUCCACCAAGACAAGAAGUUCAUCGUUCUCUCCGAUUGGGAUGGCACGAUCACCACGCAUGAUUCAAAUGAUUAUAUGACCGAUACCAUUGGUUUUGGAAAGGAGAAACGGAGGGCAGGCAACCUCGAGAUCCUGGCAGGGACCGAUAAUUUCAGAGAUGGAUUCCGGAAGAUGCUGGCCAGUGUCGCAGCAAACGGACAUACCUUUGAAGAAUGCAAGGAGCUGCUCCGAAAAAACAUCAAACUAGAUCCUGGCUUUAAGGAGUUCUACGCCUGGUGUAAAAAUAACGAUAUCCCUGUCAUUAUCGUAUCCAGCGGAAUGGCACCCCUGAUUCGAGCAGUUUUGUCUAAUCUCGUAGGCCAGGAAGACGCCGAUGAGAUUGAGAUCAUUGCAAACGACGUGACCGUCUUCCCCGACGGCAAGUGGGAAAUCAAAUACAGACAUCCAUCCAGCGGAUUCGGACACGACAAGUCGCAGGCGAUUCUCCCAUACCGUAAAUUGCCGGAACCGCCCACACUCUUUUUCUUUGGCGAUGGUGUAUCAGACAUAUCGGCAGCCAAAUACGCCGACGUUCUGUUCGUCAAGACCAAGCUCGAUGGGGAAAACGACCUUGCGGCGUAUUGCCAAAGGGAAGGCAUCAAGCACGUCCUGUUCUCGGAUUUCUCAAAGGCGUUGCCUGUGGUGCAAUCCGUUGUGGAGGGAAAGAAAACAAUCAACGAGGUGGUGGUAUAA